AUGUAUCGUAUUGUAAACCCACUUUUAAAGCACAUCAUCCACAGGAGUUCUCAUGAUGCUACUACAAGGAAACAAUGCCUGCAAUAUUUAAAAACCCUAAGAACUCUUCAGCUUAGUGACUACAAUACAAUCUUUUUAGGAGAAACUGAUAUUUCAGAAAGUCUAAUAACAGGGGGGAAAGUUCCCCAUGAAGAUAGUCUUAAUUGGCCUGUAUGGACAGUUGUACAUGCUGGCAACAGCCAAGGAUGGGUACCAUGGAGAUACAGAGUAUUUCUAAGGGAUGACUUACCCUUAGACCAGCCAGAAGAUGUCUUUCAGGAACUCUGUGACUUCCUGUCAAUAACCUAUGGGAAGUGUGCCAUUGUGGUCAAAGAGAAAAGACAGUCAAGAGUGAAAAUUGAAGAGUCCACUCAAGAGGUAGAGAUAAGUGAACCUCAGCCUACACCUCUGCCUUGUUUAUCAAGCAUCAAGUGCUGUCCUGAGAUUGCUAAGGCCACAGGUCAUGAACUUCUCUCAGUGCCUUUCCCCUACAACUACCUCCACCCUAUGGAUGCUGCCUGGUCAUCUCUGAAAUGGUUUAUUAUCAAUAACAGAAAGGAGUUCUCUCUGACAUCUUUGGAGAGGACCUUCUCAUACCAGUGCAUCCUCUUCAGUGAUUUGAUUGGAAAAGGAAUCGAGAAGAUGAGCCCAAACAAGUGGAAGAUAUCAGUAAGCAAAGUGCGGAGAUGGGAAAACUACUACUUGGAUAAGUUUUCCUAA